GAUGACAACAGCAGCUCGGCCAACUUUUGAACCUGCAAGAGGUGGAAGAGGAAAAGGUGAGGGUGAUUUGAGCCAACUCUCAAAGCAGUAUUCAAGCAGAGACCUACCCUCUCAUACAAAGAUAAAAUAUAGACAGACCACUCAGGAUGCCCCUGAAGAAGUUCGAAACCGUGACUUCAGGAGAGAGUUGGAGGACAGAGAGAGAGCUGCUGCAAGAGAAAAAAACAGAGAUCGGCCAACCCGAGAACAUACAACCUCCUCUUCAGUGUCAAAGGAGCCUCGAUUGGACCAGAUUCCUGCUGCCAACCUUGAUGCAAACGAUCCACUAACAGAUGAGGAAGAUGAAGAUGAAGAUUUUGAAGAGGAGAGUGAUGAUGACGAUACUGCAGCUCUUCUUGCAGAGUUGGAAAAAAUCAAAAAAGAAGGAGCUGAAGAGCAGGCCAGAAAGGAACAAGAACAAAACGCUGAAGAAGAAAGGAUUCGUAUGGAAAACAUUCUGAGUGGAAACCCUCUUCUUAAUCUCACUGGCCCAUCCCAGCCUCAGGCCAACUUCAAAGUUAAAAGAAGGUGGGAUGAUGACGUUGUCUUCAAGAACUGUGCAAAAGGUGUAGAUGAUCAGAAGAAAGACAAAAGAUUUGUAAAUGAUACGCUUCGAUCUGAAUUUCACAAAAAGUUCAUGGAGAAAUACAUUAAAUAGUACAGUUUUAUGUGCUGAAUUGAAGGCUAUAAAAUGUAAACGAUCUGACUUCAUUUUGAUUUUUCUCUCCCACCCCUAUCUAAAUUGUGUAUAGGCUUCCCUAAUUUUUAG